GAGUGGUUCUGGGCAGCGGUCGGGAGUGCAGCGCCGGACCGAGCUCCCGCUCGCCUGCGCUGUCUGGGGCACCAUGGGCCGCUACCGCAUCCGCGUGGCCACCGGGGCCUGGCUGUUCUCCGGGUCGCACAACAGCAUACAGAUGUGGCUGGUCGGGGCGCGAGGGAUGGCGGAGCUGGAGCUGCAGCUGCGGCCCAUGCGGGGCGAGGAGGAGUUUGAGCAAGACGUCCCCAACGACUUGGGGCCACUGCAGUUCGUGAAGUUGCGCAAACACCACUCCUUGGUGGACGACGCGUGGUUUUGCGACCGCAUCACCGUGCAGGGCCCCGGGGCCUGCGCAGAGGCGGCCUUCCCGUGCUAUCGCUGGGUGCGGGGACAGGGCAUCUUGAGCCUGCCCGAGGGCACCGCCUGCCUGGCGGGAGACAACCCCUUGGACGUGUUCCAGAGGCAUCGAGAGAAGGAACUGAAAGAAAGACAGCAGAUCUACCGCUGGGCCACCUGGAAGGAAGGAUUACCCCUGACAAUAGCUGCAAACUCUAAGGAUGAGCUACCUCCAAAUGAGAGAUUCCACGAGGAGAAGAGGCUGGACUUUGAAUUGACACUAAAGGCAGGGAUUCUGGAGUUCACCCACAAGCGUGUUUAUACCCUCCUGAGCUCCUGGAACCACCUGGAGAAUUUCAAUCAGAUCUUCUGCAGCCAAAAGAGUGUGCUGGCUGAAAAGGUUCACCAGUGCUGGCAGGACGAUGAGCUUUUUGGCUACCAGUUCCUCAAUGGCGCCAACCCCAUGCUGUUGAGACGUUCCACAUCUCUGCCCUCCCGGCUAGUGCUGCCCUCGGGGACAGAGGAGCUUCGGGCCCAGUUGGAAAAAGAACUCCAGAACGGUUCCCUGUUCGAGGCUGACUUUAUCCUGCUGGAUGGGAUUCCAGCCAAUGUGAUCCAAGGCGAGAAGCAGUAUCUGGCUGCUCCCCUCGUCAUGCUGAAGAUGGAACCCAAUGGGAAGCUGCUACCCAUGGUCAUCCAGCUCCAGCCUCCCAACUCCAGCUCCUCCACCCCACCACUCUUCCUACCCUCAGAUCCUCCACUUGCUUGGCUCCUGGCAAAGUCCUGGGUCCGAAAUUCAGACUUCCAACUGCACCAGCUCCAAUAUCAUUUGCUGAACACUCAUCUGGUGGCUGAGGUCAUCGCUGUUGCCACCAUGAGGUGCCUCUCAGAACUGCAUCCUCUCUUCAAGCUCCUGGUCCCCCACAUCCGCUACACCAUGGAAAUCAACACCCGGGCCCGGACCCAACUCAUCUCAGAAGGAGGCAUAUUUGAUAAGGCUAUGAGCACAGGAGGAGGGGGCCAUGUGGUCUUGCUCCAUCGAGCAGGGGCACAGCUGACCUACUGCUCCCUCUGUGUUCCUGAUGACCUGGCUGACAGGCGCCUGCUGGGACUCCCAUGUGCUCUCUAUGCCCAUGAUGCUUUAAGGCUCUGGGAGAUCAUUGCCCGGUACGUGGAGGGGAUCGUCCACCUCUUCUACCAAAGGGAUGACGUCGUGAGAGGGGACCCUGAGCUGCAGGCCUGGUGCCGGGAGAUCACUGAGGUGGGACUGUGCCAGGCCCAGGACCGAGGUUUCCCUGUUUCCUUUCAGUCCCAGGCUCAACUCUGCCAUUUCCUAACCAUGUGUGUCUUCACCUGCACUGCCCAGCAUGCAGCCAUCAACCAGGGCCAGCUGGACUGGUAUGCCUGGGUCCCUAAUGCCCCAUGCACAAUGCGGAUGCCCCCACCCACCACCAAGGAAGAUGUAACAAUGGCCACGGUGAUGGGGUCACUACCUGAUGUCCGGCAGGCCUGUCUUCAAAUGACCAUCACGUGGCAUCUGGGUCGGAAGCAGCCAGACAUGGUGCCUCUGGGACAUCACAAAGAAAAGUAUUUCUCAAGCCCCAAAGCCAAGGCUGUGCUAAAACAAUUCCAAACAGAUUUGGAAAACCUGGAAAAGGAGAUUACAGCCCGGAAUGAGCAACUUGACCUGCCCUAUGAAUACCUGAAGCCCAGCCGCAUAGAGAACAGUGUCACUAUCUGAGCCCUCAGCUGCCCCAGCCAGAAGACUCCAGAUCAGCUCAAGAACUGGUGUUUACAUCUUGAGUUUCAUGCUUCCAUAAAGUCCUGCUGCUAAGGCUCUAUUUCCUCCCCCAAUUAAGCCACCUACAUCAGCAUCCCACGAGCCCAGGGGGCAGCAGACUUCCUCUGUAGAGGGCCAGAAAAUACGUAUUUCAGGCCUUGUGGGCCACACAGUCUGUCACAACUACUCAACUCUGCCACUGUAGCAAGAAAGCAGCCACAGACAAAACAGAAAGGAAUGAGUGUGACUGUAUUCCAAUAAAACUAUUUAUGGACACUGAAAUUUGAGCUGCAUGUGUCACAAAAUAUUAUUCUUCCUUUGUUUUCCAACCAUUUGAAAAAUGCAAAAGCCAUGCAUAGCUCGAGGGCUGUGCAUAGGCUGGCUUUGACCCUCAUAGCUAUACCGUGCACUAGCAUGAGGCACUGACUCUACUUCCAAAUCACCCCAGAUCAUCUGGGGAUGGUGGAGGAGCAUUUCUGGAGAAAUGAAUUACCUUGGCGAAUUCUCCAUUCCCAGGAACCAGACUUCAUCCUUGGUGGCCAACCUACAAAAUCCUGACUCUGUUCUUAACAACUUUCCCGCCACCCCUAUUCCUCCUAUUCACACAUGUACCCCAAAAGUCCCUAAAUAAGAAUAGUGUUCCUAGAAACAACCUAAAUGUUCAUCAACAGACAAAUGGAUAAAAAAGAAAAUGUGGUACGUAUAUACAUACAGCGGAAUGUUACUCAGCCAUAGAG